AUGGCAGACCCCGAGAUUGCGACAAAGGCGCCCGAGAGCGAUGCCCAUGAACCAGAGGCGGGGCCUACAAUUAGCGAGCAUUGUACAACUGACCGACCUACACCGAACGGCGAAUCUCCCAAAGGAGAGGUCAGACCACUUGGUGGGGUUGAGGUCUACCUAACUAAGCCGGAAUCCUAUCCAUCGAACCCGUCGAAGCUCCUACUCUUGCUAACGGGGGGUACCGGACUUAAAUCGACGAACAAUCAAAUCCAAGCCGACAAAUACGCAAGCGAAGGUUAUGUCGUGGUGAUGCCCGAUUUAUUCGACGGCGACCCGGCUCCCAACUCGGCGGCUGUUCCUGAAUCCGAGACACUCGCGACGUCACUACUCGAAACAUUCAAGCUGAAAGCUGCAGAAACUGCUAAAUCUUUCCUGAUUGACAUGUGGCUUGCGCGACAUACCGAAGAGAAGGUCCUCCCCAUACUAGAAAAAGUAAUUCACGCAGCCGAAGGAGAAUUCGCAGACGCAGUAGGAAAUGGUGGGGGCAUCUACGCUGUUGGCUAUUGCAUAGGUGGACGAUACGUGUUGCUUUUAGCUGGCGAGCGACCCAGCAACCAGACAAGCUGGACCGGCGCACAGAAACAACCAGAUGAAGAGGCUGGUGAGGGUCAAGGUCCGGCCAAGAAGGGUCCGUUAAUCAAGGCCGGUGCUCUAGCGCACGCUACGCUCGUGUCGCCAGAUGAUUUUCAAGGCCUGAAAUCGCCCGUGAGUUUAGUGUGCGUCGAGAGUGACCCCAUGUUUCCCGAUGAGGUUCGCAUAGCGGGCGAGGACGCCAUGUCAAAGAGCAACCUAGAACAUGAGGUUCAAGUUUACCCCGGUGUACCUCAUGGCUUCGCGGUGGUGGGUGACUACACUGAUGCUAAUAUCAAAGAAGCACAACAAACAGCAUACGAGCAAAUGCUCAAAUGGUUGAAUGAGCACUAG